AUCCCCAGUGCAAAAAUUUAGAUUUUAUAUCUUCACAAAUUAAAAAACAAGUUAUUCAAAAUUUUCAGCAAAUAUAUAAUGAACAAAAAGAAGACACUCAGGAUGUUUCAGAAACAGUAACAAUACCUGCUAAUACUGAUGAUCAAAGUCGAUUUCAAAAUAUGUUAUUUAAUAUGAUUUCAGCUUAUGAUUCAGAAUUAGAAACUGAUGAGUUCUUGAGCUAUCAACGGAUAUCUGAACUUCAUUCAAAACAAAAUUCAUUAAUAUGGUGGGAAAGUCAAAAAGAAAGAUACAAAGUAUUAUAUAAAUUUGCUUGUCAGUAUCUUGCAAUCCUAGCAACUUCUACACCAAGUGAGAGAUUAUUUUCAGCUGCAGAGAUAAUUAUGAACUCACAGCGUACACUUCUUGAACCAAAAUUAUUUGGAUAG